AUGGCACUCAGCUCGUCGGUUGUCUGGCUGCUCGCCGCUCUCCUCCUGCUCGGCCUGGUGCGGGCGGAGGCUCGCCAGCAGCCGGGGGCGGCAUCCUAUCCGGCAGCCGGCUUCAGGCCAGCCAGGCAGUUCGGCCUGCCGGCCGUCCAGCCGAAGCCCGCGCGCCUGGUGGCCAACAGCGAGGCGCGCGAGGACCUCGACGACGCCGCCGAGGAGGUGGAGGUGGAGGUGACCCCGGACAGGGCGGCUCCUGCGCCCGCUCCUCUGCCGGCGGUCCCGCUGACUCCCACCAUCGCAUACUAUCCGGCGGGAGCCGUGGGAUUCGUCCGGCCGGCGACCUUCGCCAAGGUCAUCGCUGCCCCGCUGCAGACAACUGCCUUCGCGGCCACGCCCCAGUACUACCCCGCCUACUUGGGCUAGUUACUGGCUACUCGGAUUGAAUCUUGAUUCCUUCUUCGUUUACUGCAAUACACUUUUCAUCCCGGGCUGUUCUAUCCAAAUUGAAUCAGUUCACUAGUUUUCCAUGGUUUGUCGAGUUUGGUUUUACCAAAUUAUUUGAAUAUUACAAAAAAAUCAUUCAGUUUUUGGACAUUGUGCGUGCAUAAUUAUAUUGCAAAGAAUUUAACUGGAAACUUAGAAGGUAUUUACGGGUCUUUCUUUAUUAUUUCUAACUUGAACGCGGAAUAAAGCAUCUGUUUGAUGUAUUUACAAAUAAGUCAUAGAUUUAUUCGAAAUAAACUGGAUAGAUAAGCAGUUUGAAUGUUGAUAAAUGUUGUUAAUCUGGCACUUCUACGAAUUGCAAAUAGAAUAGCAUACCUAAAAACUA